CAAAACGAGCUUCGCAUUCUAUUUUUACUCUUCCCCCUGCUAUACUUCCUCCCGACCUCUCAACAUUCCCAACAGGCUGCAUAUGCUCGUAAAAGAAAUUUCUCCAUCAGAAUUAGAAACACUAGCAAAAUCGCAAGGAGAACUCACUCAUGCUCGAGAUAGCAAGCACAGUUCAUCAUGGACGCAACGAUUGGAGAGUGUUCACCUUCUGUGGAGCGGUCAUUCGAGGGGCAGCCACCUCCUGGGUUCUGGGGGCAGGUGACGAUGCGGUCCAUGGCUGUUGCGGUGGUGCUUGCGGCCAUCUUCUCCUUUGUGACACUGCGGAUCCACAUGACUAUCGGGAUUGUGGGAGCGCUAAACAUGCCCACCAACGUCCUCAGCUUCUUCUUCCUUAAGAGCCUCGUCACCGUGCUGCGACGCCACGGCAUAGCUGCAGUGCCAUUCACGCGCCAGGAGCAUAUCUUCCUCCAGACCUGUGUCAUCACCUGCGUUAACAUUGCACUCUCAGGUGGUUUUGCAACGUACAUUGCAGCAAUGAAUGAUGAAGUGGCAAAAUCUCUUAUAGAUGAUACAAAUCCAAGAGACAUUGUUGACAACAUAUCGACUGGACAAUAUAUGCUAUACCUUUUCGUUACUGGUCUGAUGGGAAUAUUGUCAAUUCUGCCUCUGAUUCAGGUCAUGAUUGUUGACUACAGAUUGCUAUUUCCAACAGGUUCAGUUGUAGCUCACCUUGUCAAUAGUUUUCACACCCCUCAAGGAGCUUAUGUAGCAAAGUUGCAGGUUGCCACUAUAUUCAAAACGUUUCUGGGCAGCUUUUCAUGGUCCGUGUUCCAAUGGUUCUAUACUGGAGGCGGUCAUUGCGGAUUUCAGUCAUUUCCGAUGUUUGGACUAGGACUAUAUCAGCAUGAAUUCUACUUUGAUUUCUCUGCAACAUUUGUUGGUCUGGGUAUGAUUGUCCCACAUAUUGUAAACUGUGGGUUGCUGUUUGGAGCCAUCGUCUCUUGGGGGUUCAUAUAUCCUUUUCUUGGAAGUAAGAAGGGUCAAUGGUAUCACACCGACAGUGAUACAAGUUUGAACGGAUUGAACGGGUACAAGGUGUUCAUUGGCGUAACAAUGAUCAUCACCGAGGGAAUUUUCAACUUUUUUACACUCCUUACUACAAGCUCAAUCGACUUCUACAAGAAAAAGCAUGAAAAUGAUUCAGGGCUAACUAAAUAUAUCAAGAAACACCCCAGCCUUAACUAUGAUGACCGUAAAAGGCUUGAGGUAUUUCUUGGUAAUCAUAUCCCUAUUUUUGGACCAGUGGCCGGAUAUGUUGCAUGCGCAACAAUCUGUACAGUUGUUAUCCCUUGGAUCUUCAAUCAGAUUAAAUUCUAUCAUGUAGCCAUAUUGUACAUCAUUCUUCCGGUUUUUACCUUCUGCAACACCUAUGGAACCGGACUCACAGAUUGGUCAGUUGCACCAACUUAUGGCAAGUUCAUGAUCUUUAUCAUAGCAGCAUGCAUUGGCGAGCCUGGAGCGAUUGUUGCUAGCCUUGCAGCAUGCGGGAUAAUCAAUGCAGCUCUUCAUGUUUCGUCACAGGCCAUGGAAGACCUCAAGGCAGGUUAUAUGACACUGACUUCCCCAAGAGCUGUAGUCGCUGGUCAGAUCUACGGUGUAAUUAUUGGUUCUAUUAUUAACCCAUGCAUCUUUCUUGCUUUCCAAGCAAAUGCCAAAAACACUGCUCCCAUUGGAUCAAAGGAUUCAGAGUACCCAUGCCCCUCCGCAGGACUGUAUCGUGCCAUUGGGCUAAUUGGUAUGGGAGGAGUGAAGGAGCUUCCAGAUCAUUGUAUCACCUUUUGUUUGGUUACCUGCUUCAUAACAUUAGCAAUCGAAACACUUAGAUUGGUGUCCCAGAGAAAAGAUUGGAAACUGCAAAGUUACAUCCCUUGUAUGACGGCAAUAGCAUUACCAUUCUUCACUGGAGCUAGCUUCACCAUAAGUAUGAGCCUAGGUAGUGUACUGUUGAUCAUUUGGACUAAAGUUAAUAGACAAAGUGCAGAAUUAUUGUCGUCGGCAGUUGCAGCAGGCCUAAUAUGUGGAGAUGGAAUCUGGUAUUUACCAACAGCAAUACUCAGCAUCUUCAAUGUGCAUCCACCGAUCUGCAUGAAGUUCCUUCAGAGUGGAGAACAGGUGAAGGUUGUGGAUUCAUUCCUAAAUACUUUGGGCACACAUGCAAAGACAUGAGAAAUAUAAUCGGGGAUCAAUCUGUAGAAUCAUUUAGAAUUUAUUGUAAA